AUGUCUAAACGUCCCCGAGGUCACUCGGCAUCUUCAUCUCCUUCAAAAGAGUCAAGCUCGGCCUCUUUUGCUGAAGGAAACGCCACUGAUAUUUCUACUGAACGUACGAAGUACGUGGUCACUGACACCGAGGCCUCCCCCGAAGUGAUGCAUUGCUCCUUACCGCCUCACCGCGAGACUCUCUCAUUCACUUCCUACGAGGACUACGAGGUUCAUUACCUUCAGGAUCAUGUCAAUCGGUGUUCUGAGUGCAACAAGAACUUCCCAGUUGGUCAUUUACUCAAUGUACACAUCGAGGAAAACCAUGACCCACUGAUUGCUGCCCGGCGAGCCCGAGGCGAGAAAACUUAUGGAUGCUUCGUCGAGGACUGUGAGCGAAAGUGCUCUACGCCUCAGAAACGCCGUCUCCAUCUAAUUGAUAAGCACAUGUUUCCCAGGAGCUAUAAUUUCUUCAUCGUGAAUGACGGGAUCGAUAAGCAAACAUCCAUGCUACGACCUAUGAACAGUCACAGACGGCGCAUCUCAACAUCAUCCGCGCUGGAGGGCAGGCUGCGCCGCCGGAGCUCGGCUUCCCAAUCAACACCGCCGGCAAAUGUAUUGGCUGAGGAGAAGACAUCAGGGGACAUGGAUAUAGACGAGCUAGAAAAGUCCAUGUCUGCUCUGAAAUUUGUCCCUGCGAGCGUCGCAAGAAAUCGGGGCAAAGCGCCUGGCAAAUAG